AUGAUUGGUUUGGGUGUUGGCUCAGUUGGCCGGCUUGGCAUGUGUUUUAGGAUGGCGUCAGGGUCGCAAAAUGGAACAGUGGAUGGAGAUGGUGACUGCAAGAAACCGGCUUAUAACGAGAUGACCAGCAAGGAUUAUUAUUUCGAUUCGUAUGCACAUUUUGGCAUACAUGAAGAAAUGCUGAAGGAUGAGGUACGUACAAUUACGUACCGAAAUGCCAUUUAUCACAAUAAGCAUUUGUUCAAGGACAAAAUUGUCAUGGAUGUCGGCUCGGGCACUGGAAUUCUGUCAAUGUUUGCUGCUAAAGCCGGUGCUAAAAAAGUCAUUGCGAUCGAGUUCUCGAAUAUGGCAACGCAGUCGAAACAGAUCGUAAAGGAUAAUAAUCUGGAAAAUAUUAUCACCGUUAUUCAUGGAAAAGUAGAGGAUGUCAAGGAGUUGCCCGAUGGAAUUGAAAAGGUAGAUGUCAUAAUUUCUGAGUGGAUGGGUUAUUGCUUGUUCUACGAAUCGAUGUUGAAUACGGUCAUUUUUGCGCGUGAUAAAUGGCUGAAGCCAGGAGGCGCUCUUUUUCCAGACAGAGCUAAGCUGUUCCUUUGUGCCAUCGAAGACCGGCAGUAUAAAGAGGAUAAAAUCAAUUGGUGGGACAAUGUUUAUGGUUUUAACAUGUCCAGUAUUCGACGUGUUGCAAUCGCGGAACCUCUGGUCGAUGUUGUCGAUCAUGCGCAAGUUGUCACGAAUAACUACCUGAUUUCCGUACGUUUUGACGUUUCUUGA